AUGUCGCUCACCUAUUCCACCAUCCCGCUCCAAGUCCAGGGCGUAAGCCUCAACGUAUCUACAGUCUCCAAUCUCAACUCCCGACCACCAAUUCUCUUCCUUCAUGGCUUCGGCUCUUGCAAAGAAGACCUCGCCGACAUACUCAUCCACAAAGACCUACAAGAAUAUGGAUAUUUCGCCUUCGACGCACCAGGCUGCGGCCACACGACGAGCGAUAAGUUAUCCGCAACAGACAUCCCUUUCCUCGUUGCAACGGCAGAAGCCCUUCUAGCCCAUUUCAACAUCACCCAAUUCCAUCUUGUGGGUCACUCAAUGGGCGGCUUAGCUGCCUUGUUUCUUGCGCAUCGAUAUCCGGAUCGAGUCUUGAGUUUCCUGGAUAUUAAAGGAAAUCUAGCCCCCGAGGAUUGUUUCUUGAGCCGUCAAAUCUUCACGUUUCACUCGGAUGAUCCGGAGGUAUUCCUGAAUGAGUUCAUCAAUCGCACUCGCGCUGCAAAGUCAUUCUCGAGUCCGCUGUAUUCUAGUACUCUGCGCGCUAGGGUGCGUGCCGAGUCUGUACGGCCCAUUUUUGAGUCGAUGGUACAUUUGUCCGACGAGGAGGAUCUACUAGGCAUGUUCCUAGCGCUGCCAUUUCCGAAGAUGUUUAUGUUUGGCGAGGAAAACCGAGGGCUCUCGUAUCUCUCACGAUUAGAGAAGGAAGGCGUUGAAUUAGCAGAGAUUCCGAACAGUGGACAUUUCCCUAUGUACUCGAAUCCUCUUGAGAUGUAUCGUCGGAUGGCGGGAUUUCUGGGACGGAUUACUCAAGUUUUGUGA